AUGAUGACAACAGGAUACAUCCGGGGCCUAAUAGAACUGUGGACACCGAUGGUCAUCAUCAAUUAUGAUAUGCCAAUGCCAGAUGCAUACGCACGGAGGGUAACCUUUACUGGUGAAUCGUGGAAAGCCAGGAAUACUGUAUUCAUCACGCUGUUCCGAAUGCAUGAGCGACAAAGACUGCUCUCUCUAAAAGCGGAACUUGGCUUGCGGUGGAUUUUGCAAAUGUAUUCAAGCUGA